CGACUUUGGUUUAGAGUACGAAGCCGAAAGUGUUUUAUUUGAUCGCCACUGGUAUCUGUUAAACAGCUGUUGAUAUUGUUUUUUUGUAUUAAAUGUCAUUUUAAGCGGUUUUUGGAUUAUUUGUUGUAUAAUUUUCCAACGAUUAACACAUAAAAGAUGUUUAGACAAAUUGCUUUGGUGCCUUCUCUCUUGGCCAGACGUGCCAUGAGUCAAUCCUCUGCCCCUGGACAGGUUAAUAGCUAUACACCUAACAAUUUGGAAAAAAGAUUUUUGGUAUGGACUGGCAAGUAUAAGUCCGUCAAAGAGGUGCCCAAUUUUGUGAGUGCUGAAGUUAUGGAACGUAGCCGUAAUAAAAUGCGUAUUCGUAUUGCCAAUAUCAUGAUGGGUCUAACCGUUCUUGGUUGUGCUCUUAUGAUUUACAGUGGCAAAGAAGCUGCCAAACGUGGUGAAAGUGUUACUAAACAAAAUAUCGAAUGGCAUAAGAGAUACAAUGAACUUAAUGCCACUAAGGAAACCAAGGAAUAAGUAAAUUAUACUCUUUAAGUUUAAGAUUUUGAAACCUAUCCCAAAUUCCCGCAUUUUUUUUUCUCGAUUUUUUAUUUUUAUGUUUAUGCAAUAUUAAAUGUUUGAUAUAUAUUUUGUUUAGAUACUUGUAAAACAAGUGAAGUUUUUAUCAUUAUUAUUAUUAUUAUUAAAUAAAUAAACUAUAAAGUGCUUGUAA